UUUUCAGUGCUGAAACCCCUGUUUGUUCUGAAGAAACUGGUUUUCUUUAGAUCUGGAGGAUUCAUUUAGUUUGUUUGGGGAUAAAAUGGCAUCGGGAGUCUCCGACAGUGCCAAUAUGAGUAGCAGUGAUAAUGAAUGCGGCUUCAACAGAAAAAUGAAGGAACUGGUGACCGUUAUCAGAGAAACAUUAGGAGAGAGCGCUGAAUACAAGAAAUUAAGGAGCUGGGAAUAUUCUCAAGCUCAGCGUGAGAGCCGGGAGACUACAAAUUUACACGCCAACGAGUCCUCUCAAGCCAGCAGAUCGACCUGCAGUGAGCAAGGACAAAAGUUUGAUGUAUUUCUCAGCCACAGCGGUAGGCAGAAAAAUUUUGUUAGGCAGCUACACAGAGACCUCACAAACCAAGGCGUAUCCUGCUUCUUUGACGAAGAUCGUGAAAGUUGUUUGCCAGUGGCAGAAGAUUUCCCCUCUCGUAUAUUUCAAGCCGCUGAGACAUGCAAAGUAGCAGUUUUGCUUCUCUCUAGGGAUUUCAUUGAAACAAAGUGGCCAAUGCUGGAACUCUCUACUUUCGUGAAAGCCAGAGAUAGAAAUCCCAAUUUCAAAAUUUUACCCUUGUUCUUUAUGAUUCCACCCGAAGCUCUAAAACGAAUUACGGCAUGCAACAAAAAGUGGAAAGAGUUUGAGAAAUCCAAGGAAAGGCGAGCCGAAUGGCACCGAGCUUUGAAAGUAAUACGAGGAAUUAACGGGUUGAAGCUUACUGAAGAUGGCGAUGAACUGGAGUUUAGAGAUGAAAUUGUGAAAAAAAUCUGGCGUAUACUUCCAGCACCCUCACCAAGGUAUCAUGUCCCUGCUAUGCAAGGAGAAGCACGAAUGUGUCAGGAGGUCACAGAGCUCUUCAACAAAGCUCAGCCCACCGAAAAGGGAAUCCGUAUUGUUGGAUUGUAUGGAAUAGCAGGCCACGGGAAAGCUACACUUGGCAAGGCUUUCUGCAACCGGAAAUUGGGGGAUUUUGAAGGCAGAGUAUGUCAUCUGGAAUUUUCCAGAGGCGAUUCAUUCGAAAGAACAAAACUUGCCCUGCAGUAUCUCACUCACCGCCCACAAUCUUAUCUCCAAACAUUGAUAUGCCAAAAUCAGGCACAAGUUGAGAUGCAUACAAGAGUGAAGGGCCAAAGGGUAUUGUUGGUUCUCGACAACGUCACAGAAGAAAGUAUAGACGAAGCGACAUAUUAUCUUCGCGCAGACUUUGGAGAAAACAGUUGCAUCCUUUUGAGCGCUCGAAGUGCUGAUUUACUGGUAAAGCAUUUCAAUAUAGACUCGCGGUCAUGCAUGCGCGUCCCAAGGCUUGAAGAGGAAGAGGCCAUAGCCAUCUUGUUGGAAAGGGCAUUUCCAGUAGAGUCAAAUUUAGGGGCAGAGAACAGAGGAUUUGCUUUGAAGUGUGCAAAAAGAUGUUUGUUCAAAGACACAAGUUGUGACAUCGGUCCGAGAGCUCGAUCAUUCCAUCCGUUGGCCUUAAAAGCCUUUGGCGGCUACCUGCUAAGUAAGUACGGUUCGAAUUUGUCAAAAUGGGUUGCUGAGAUAGAUGGCAUGGUAGACGGAUCCGGUGAUGGUUUAGAUGAAGUGUUCACUGUGCUGUGCAAAGCUUUUGAUGACAUGGAUCCGAUAUACCAAACCAUAUUCAUACUUCUUACUGUAUAUAGGCUGCCCAACAUGUCUCCCCACAAAGUUACGGAGUGGCUUGCAAUAAACUGCAACGAAGAGAUCAAGUAUAUUAAGAAAGCUGUUAAGGAUCUAAUGAAGAAGGCUUUUAUUGAAAACUUUGAAGCUGAAAUCCGCAUACAUGACCUUUACAUUGAGUUCGCUCAAAGUAAAGCAAAAAGGAUGGAGAGAUGGCUGUGGUGGAAGGGCGAUGGACCUAGUACACGUGGGCUGAUUUCAAAAUCCAAUGUAGGGUUUGAAUUGGCUAAGUUGGAGCAAUGCAUGCACCGAAGUCCAUCCCAGAUCGCCCGCAUGUACCUUCAAAAUCUAUCGGUGCUUCAGCUCGUAGGUGUGCAGAAUAUGGCCAAGAUUGACUUGGGCAGGAUGAACAGUCUCAGAAGUAUCACAUUACACAAUUGCAAAAAUCUGACAGCACUUGAGGGAAUGGAAAAAUUGCCAUGCAUGGCAUGGGUUCAGAUGAGGGAUGUAAAUCCCAUGCUAAAACUUCCAGAACUAAGCAGUCUCGCUGCGUUACAAUAUCUGGAGAUCGACAUUGCAGACAGCCGUGUGGUCAAUGAGCUGGGAGAUCUUACACCUUGUUUAUUUCUCAGACAGAUAAUUGUUCGCUGUCCUUCUCUCUCGGAGUUCCCCAGGGUAAAUGGUUUAUCAUAUUUGGAGAAAGUGGAGUUUAGUGUGUGUGAUAAAGUGAAGAGGCCCCUGGACUGUGCAGAAUGCGUAGAGCUCCAAAGUAUUGUCUUAACUUUUUGCAGCCAGAUGGCUGCUUCGCCAUUGCUGGCUGGAUGUAAGAAACUAUCCAAAAUUGUUUUGUCAGACUGUGAUGCAGUGACGGCAUGUCCAGAGAUAGAUGUACCAAGUGCUUUAAAGACAUUAGAAUUGCAGAUUUCAUCAGAAGCUGCUUCGGCACCCAGAAAUUUAGAGUUUUGUUACGGACUAGAAAAUCUUCAACUAUGGAAUAUGGGGAAACUAAAGGAGCUUCCAAGUUUAAGACGUUUAUCAAAUUUGACUGUGCUCAAGCUUGGCAAGUGUGGUAUAAGGGAGCCACCGGAUCUUACAUGUUGUGACAUGCUGGAGGAUGUUUACUUUUUCACGCUCAAGAAUUUAGAAAGGUUUCCCAACUUCUCGUCACUAAGGAAGUUGAAGAGCUUGAGUUUAUAUAACUGCAGGAGGGUUCAAGAUCCUCCUCUUAUCUGGGGGUGCCAUGAAUUACAGGUGUUUCAUCUGCUCUACAAUGAUAAUAUGAAAGGACUUCCAAAGAUGGAGUGCUGCCCACGAUUAGAGGAAAUCAAAGUGAGUUGGCAUUGUGAGGACGAGAUCACUUAUGAUGGAAUUGAUCCGGGCAGUUGGGAAAUCGAUGACGAUGGUGGGUUUUGGCUGGAGCACUUCAAAUAUGAGAUCAUACCAAACUUGAGUGAUGUAAGCGUGCCAGAAGCAUUGGAAAAUUUACAGUGGCUGAACGGCAAGAAAAUGCUGGUGAAACGGUAUUUCCGCGGAUUGAAGCUCUAUUGCUCUCUCACUGCUCCAUAUGAACUAUACGUGCGAAGGAAGUUUUCGGGGCAAACAAUGGCAGGAGCUGUUGCAGGUCGUGAUGAAUCGUCUGAGAGCUCGGAGCGUUACGGCCAAAAUUUUAUUACUCUGAGAUCGACAGAUAGCAAAGUGAGGGCUUUCCCGACGCUGGGCAGGGUUUGUGAAGAUCGUGCUUGGUUGAAUAGAGUGCAAGAGUAUUUUGAUAUUGCUUGCACAAAUUCUGCCUCGGGAAGAAUUUAGUACCAGCUUUAAAUGGUUUAUAUGAAAAACUAGAUUACUUAGACUAUUCUUUUGUAGAUAUAUGACGUUGCAUGUUGUAUUUCAUUGCUUUUAAAAGCAGUAACACAAGAACAAUGUGCAUAGAUACUUAAUAUUGUAAGACAUGUAUAUCUAUGAUUUUAUG